AUGGCCUCGAACAGUUCCCUCGCGCAAUGCCCCGAUCCGUUCAUUGCGGAGCUCUCAAUCGGUCACAGUGAUGGAUAUCUCGCUGGCCGCUGGUGUACGCCUUAUUCCGUCGGCGAUGAGACCGUGUCGUGCUGCUUUCCGUGCCCAUUCACGGACUAUCAAUAUGCAGAUUCCUCCAACAAAGAUGUCGUGCCGUGGAUUGGCCUCACCGUCCUCAUCCUCAUGCUCUUCUCCGCCCUCACCUACAUCUGCCUCCCUGUCAGCGACACCCAGCGCCAUUACCUGACCUCGAGUCCGCUCAUGGGCUUUAUAUUCAUAUCGAUUGCAUUCAUCAUUCCCGUCGGAUCGUCAGACCACUUCUGCCACGACGCGAUUACACCGAACUACUGGUUAUCCGAGACAACAUGCGCGUUUACCGGUUCAUUAUUACUCUACGGCGUCUGGGUACUCGUCAGCGGAUGCUUCUUCCGCUCCAUCUCCCUCUACCUCCAGCUCAUCUGGGACAUCGAACCGGGCACGAAAUUCCGUGCCUUCGCCCUCAUCUGCAUCUUCGGCGGAUCCCUCGGCCUGCUGGGUAUAGCCCUCGGCGUCUCCGGCGUCUCCUACCAAGUCGGCGACAUGUGCUACAUCAGCUACCCAAAAAGCGUCGGCUCCUUCUGGGGCCCUUUACUCGUCGUGGCCUUCAUCUCCUUCGUUAUACAGACCUUCAUCAUGGGGUACUGCAUCCGCGGCGUAAUCACGAGAGGAGGAACGGCACGCUUUUCCAUCUUCAGACGAUCCGAUACACCAGACUCCCUCUCUCACGUCGUUCAACCGCGCCGUAUAUCGAAGAACAUAUGGCGCAUUCUCCAGCUCCAAUGGCGCGCUAUCGCCAUCGCCUUCUUGAUCUUGUUAUACGUUGCGUACGUUGCCGCGGCGGUUCUCAGAUGGGGUGACCGGGGACAAUUCUCCGACGAAGAACUGCAGCCCUGGGUUGACUGCCUCGUCCAGUCAAAGGGCGAUGGGAAAGCCUGCAUUGCUGAAGCGAAACGUAUCGGUCCGAACUCAACGACUGCAGUAUCUGCCCUCGCUCUCCUUGCUUCCUGCGGCAUCUGGGGCAUAAUCUGCACCGCGCGCUGGACCAUGGUCCUAGGCUGGUACGACUGGCUCUACGACCGCAAAGACAACCUCUCGGCCCUACUGCGCGGCGAGUACCGGCGCGAACGCAGCCGCGAUCUAGAACGUGUAGCCAGCACCGCGUACUCACCCUCGAAUCUUUCCUCCCCACAGACGCUGGAAGAGGUUGAUCGGCUGUAUGGCACGCGGGCGUACCAUGGUCCGCAGAAUAGCUUCUCGAGGCCCGGGCCUGGACCUGGGACUGUGACUGUGACUGCGCCUUCGCCUGCGCGUGCGCCUACGCGCACGAGUACGGUCACGGGGAGUACAGUCACUACGACGAUUUCGAGUAGUAAUACGUUUGAUUUGAAGGAGUUUAAAUAG